AUGGCAAGAACAGUCGAUGUCGAACACGUCUCGAAACCUCGUCGUCCAGGGCUAUGUCGAGUGUUGCGAAGGUCCGGCUACUGGAAAUGCCUGUCCUGCUCGCUGCUGCUGGUCGGCUGCGGGUUUUACGCCGCUUGGUGCCAUUUCAAGCACAUGGCUUACUCCGGUCUUCAACCACUUCUGAUAUACCACCAUGGGCCAUGCGCCCAGGGUUAUAACUUCGUACCAAUCGUGUUCGGGCUGAUGUUGUACAUUGUCUAUGUGAUGGAAUGCUGGCAUAGUCGAUCGAAACUUAACUCUAUGAAAAAGAUUCGAGUGGAGGAUGCUCUACAGUAUCUGAAAUCACUGCGAAAUGCUCUUCCGAUUGUUUGGUGGAAGAGCGUCUGCUAUCACUAUGUACGGAAAACGCGACAAGUGACGCGGUAUCGCAAUGGAGAUGCCAUUCCAGCUACUCAGGUGUACUACGAACGAGUAGAUUCGCAUACUGCUGGCAAUGUUUUCAUCUACGACGUAUGCGGUGUCAAGGACAUCUCGAAGAGCGUUCUCGAACUGGAACGAUUUCCACUGACUCGAAUACGAGUAAAUCGAGGAUUUGUGUUCGCCUGUAUGCAGGCGGCGAGGGAGUUCGAACAGCAGAGGACGAGGUUCUUUAACGAGAACGAGUCCAGAGACGACUACAUGGAGGUGCGAGAAGGAAUGGAUUUAACCGACGUGUGCCUUUUGGAGGAUAUGCUCGUUUUUCGCGGAUCACCUCCUUGGUUUCUUCGAGCAUCAGUGUUCUGGGUAUUCUCUGUAUUACUUCUUUCAUGGCCUCUACGAAUCUACGCCGAAUGCAGAACAGCCAUGCUGAACUACCAAGUCACUAAGCUCUUUGGAACCUGCUAUUUAAGUCCAUCAUCAGUAAAUUAUACUGGCCCUCUCACAAGGACCUCAACGAUGGAAACGGUGGAGCUGGAGGCAGCAUUGGGAAGAGAGCAAUAUUUCGUGGUCCCAUCCUAUUCCGAAGCGAUGUUGAUGCCUCAUGCUACUGUGACCCUCGUGGACCCUUCGGAAGCCCGUAUUUACUCACGACCAGUGCCAGUAAACAAUGAGCAGGUCGUUUUGCGAAAUUACGGCGCACUUGACGAUGAUUUGGGCCAUUUACCCGCCAUUCGCCCUCCACGACCAUUGAUGAGAGGCAGUAGAAGCAUGAAUUUUUUGCAAGCCAUGAGGAGGGAAUCAGUGCCUCGAAGUUCGCGGCCCAUUCCUCUGCGAUCGUCGCGGAAUGGUCCCCCUCGCUCAUUGUCAAUAGGGGGCUUGUCUGCAUGGUCCAAUGGAUACCAUCCUAUAGGUAGCAGCCCCUUGAGCGACAGAACACCUCUUCUUGACCCACCUGACGAGCCACCACCCAGCUACGAGGUCGCCUUGCGCAUGUGCGCUCCGCUCUACAAUCGUUUGCGACGGUCGAUCUCGUCCCGGCUGAACUCUCUCUCGCAUUCGAGCUCCAAAGAGAUGAAACCGUCGGUUGCUUACAGCAGCUCGACCGUAACCGAAAGUCGACACAACAGCCGUCACAGCAGCAGGGACCAUGACGAUCGCACGCCCAAUGUCUGAACUACCGUCCUCAUCCAACUUUCACUUCCUCCAAAGACCACCACAUUGCUCAAAUCUGAUUCUCUUCCAAUAUUCAAGCAAUUUCUUUCUGACGUUGGCUUGUUUUGUUGACUCUAUGGUGCC